ACCGUUGCGCUCCCAGAAACCCUCCAGCCCCAAUCGCCGCUGCUCCAGCUGCCACCCGAGAUCAAGCACAUCAUCUUCGCCUUGUGCUUGGCUGCCGACACUCCCAUCUCCGACCCACGCAUUGGCGGCCCUACCAAAGGGCCAGUCUGCAAUCAGGCGUCGAGGCUUUCUCUGCUUCAAACAUGCCGCAGGAUGUACCAUGAAGUCGACAGUCGACCGUUUUUCGCACACAACACCUUUCGUUUCUCAAGCCUCGAUACGAUGCGUGCCUUUCUCCGCGCACUGCCCGAAGACUACAGAACGCGCAUUCAAGAUGUUGAAAUCGACCUGGCCCUGCUGAACUCUGACCGCCCCCACGUCACACAUGAGUGGCUGCAAUAUCUGGCAUCCAAGAGGGAUGACGGCAUGCCUUCGCUGCGUGCGGAUACGGGCGGCGUCAAGUGUCUUCGGCUCAAUCUCAACGCAUGGCCCCUCAUCGCCAUGACCCGAUGCGAGCUUUGGGACGUACUCCGGGGUAUUCUGAAGGGACUGGCCCAUGUCGAGAGGAUCGUUGUGACGGGCGCGAGUAGAGGCAAAUCAAUGGCUCAGAAGGCGCCGUGGUCGCCAGUCCACUUUGUUGGCGGAGACAACGUCGGCACAAAUGACCUGCUCGCGCGAAUGAGCAACUGCGUCGUUACCAGGCCCGGCCAAGACAAGGUGAUCAAAUGGCUACGAAGAGACGGAAAGCUGCAACUCGAGGUCGUGUCGACAGCUCAU